CAAGACACAUUCCGCAGCCAGACACACAUGUCACGUGACGGGGAGGUCAAUGAUCCUGACAAGAAAAAUGGCGGAAUUUGAGGAGCUACGGAUGCUUAGCGGUCACAUAUAAUAAGGACACACGUAGGAGCGAUCAAGCAUGGACCGUAUAAUGAAGGAGCAUGGUGUCAAGUUUCAGAGUGUCAGAGCUACAAGUGUUACUGGGCUUCGCUGGGCGUAACAAGAGUGGUCCCAAGCACGAGCUCCUUCUGAGGGUCUUGCACCUCCUGAAGAACUCCUCCUGCAGUCCGGCCGUCCAGAUCAAAAUCAAGGAACUUUAUCGACGCCGCUAUCCCAGGACGAUAGACACUUGUCUUACCGACUUGGCUUUAAUUAAGUCUGCGUUCUCCACGGCAGCGGAAGGCGGUGAUGUUACCGUGGUAACCUCUGACCUCAGUGACCUGUCCCCUGACGGCGCCAGUGUCUCCCGGGACUUUGACCUGGCGUCCGAUUCGCCGCUCCUCUCUGGUGAUUCGCUGCUGCUCCACGAGGAGACCAAUAAGGAGCUGAGGAUGAACCUCCAGCAGCCCGCCCCUCUCAUCCCUCCGGUCCACCCAGACGUCCAGAUGAAGUCUCUCCCGUUCUACGACAUGUUGGACAUCCUCGUUAAACCCUCCAGCCUGGGUCAGUGUCUCUCUGGAACCAGCACUGUUCAGAGAUACCACCAAGAGAAAUACUUCAUCUUCGCCUUGACACCUCAACAAGUCAGAGAGGUGUGCAUUUCAAGGGACUUCCUACCAGGUGGCAGAAGGGACUACAUGGUUCAGAUACAACUGAGGUUUUGUCUGUCAGAAACAAGUUGUCCCCAAGAAGACAACUACCCCAACAGUCUCUGUAUUAAAGUGAAUGGGAAGCUCUUCCCCUUGCCGGGUUAUGCCCCGCCCCCUAAAAAUGGAGUGGAACAGAAGAGACCGGGAAGACCUCUAAAUAUCACCUCAUUGGUCAGAUUGUCCUCUGCCGUACCCAAUCAGAUCUCUGUAACGUGGGCAGCCGAAAUUGGAAAGACGUACUCCAUGUCGGUGUACCUGGUGAGACAGGUCACCUCACCUCUACUGCUGCAGAGGCUCAGGAUGAAGGGCAUCAGAAACCCAGACCACUCCAGAGCGCUGAUAAAAGAGAAGCUGACAGCAGACCCCGAUAGUGAGAUUGCCACAACCAGCCUGAGGGUGUCGCUCAUGUGCCCCCUUGGUAAAAUGCGUCUGACUGUGCCGUGUCGAGCUGUCACCUGUUCCCACCUGCAGUGUUUUGACGCAGCCCUCUACCUGCAGAUGAAUGAGAAGAAACCCACCUGGGUCUGUCCUGUCUGUGACAAGAAGGCCCCCUACGAGAGCCUCAUCAUCGAUGGGUUGUUCAUGGAGAUUCUGAACGACUGUUCCGAUGUGGAUGAGAUCAAGUUCCAGGAGGAUGGGACCUGGUGCCCCAUCAGACCAAGGAAAGAGGCCCUCAGUGUGUCCUCAACCUGUAUCCCCAAAAUAGAACCGCGUCUAUGUGCCGUGGUCCCCUCCCACAGCGAGCUCAGCUCAACCAAUAAGAAGGCAGACGUGAUCGACCUGACCCUGGAGAGCUCAUCAGAGGAGGAGGAGGAGGAAGAGGAGCCUGAUCCGCCACUGAAGAAGAGAUGCCUCUACAUGUCCAAGACAGAGGAGGUUCACGCCAAGGGAGUGUUGACGUAUCAGCCAUCCACGGGGCGCCUCCCAAAUGCCCUGGACACGCCAUACCUGAUGUCUUCACUAGCAGACUAUACAGUCCCCUUCCACCACUCCACCCUGUCCACCAUCCCUACAGACAUGCAGAGUCUGGAUCUGUUCUCGCUGAUCCAAGGUGACCCGCAGCAUUACAGAGCUCCCAUGUUCCUGGAUAACCUGACCAGCAGCCUGCAGGGUGCCACCACUAGCGCCGGCCUGGUGUCCUCUUCUAGCCAAUACGACACCAGUUCCCACCACACCACUGCCUCUUCAUCCUCCCAUGAGACUGGGGUUAUCACUGGGGGAGGAGGAGGAGGGUCCAACAUCAUCUCAGACAUCAUCUCAUUGGACUGAUCUUCUGGUCCCUGAGAGCUCAUUGGACUAAGCCUCUGGUCCCUGAGAGCUCAUUGGACUAAGCCUCCGAGGACUGAGGUAGUGCACUAUACAGGGAAUAUCGUGCCAUUUUGGACCUGGACGAUGUCCACAGGCCACCAUGGGACAGGGAGAUCCCAGAGCUAGGCUAACUUGUCUCCUUUCCUUUGUUUGUCUGCCAGUGAAGUUAGGACACAUUUGCUUUUUUCCCCCUACCGUGCUGAUUGAAGGAAAGGAAAACUAGGAGAGGAAGCCAUUUUUAGAUAGUUGAGACUGUUGGACCCGUAGUCUUUUCUCAAUUGGAUUUGCUCAGCUCCUACGUCCUCUCCCGCCUCCUUUUGAAAAAAAGGUCAAAGGUGAUUGGAGGAGAGGCGGCUAGGAGAAUGAAUGUGGGUGAAAAUGUGAUUGUAUGAAAUGACGUUUCUAGGUUGGAUCCCAAAACGUGGGCAUAAAAACGAAUGAAGAUAGUUGUGGAAGACAUUUUUUUUUUUUUAUAGCUACAACGAUAGAUUUUAAACAUGUUCAUGCUUUUUCUCAGACGACAAAACGAAAGCUGAUUUAAGGGGGGGGGCAGGUUUCAGUAGUCUUCCAUGAAGGACUCCGGUAGGAUACACAUGACCUUCCUCGAGGUAAAGGUGACUAUCAAGGAGAGGAGGGAAACUCUUCCGUUCAGCUACUAACGAAUUGACAUAUCCUUGACCACUCAUCGGUUUCCGGGUCACAGAGGAGAGAGGACGGACGGACCCCCCCCCUAUUUUGACUGAGUUGGCCUCACCCCACACAUAUUCUGACCUUUGGAAGAGAAGGGGAUUUUACCAGUCUGUUCUUCACAUUUGUUUUUAAUUGGAUGAGUUGACAUGGAAGCAUUCCACAGGAAGUGGGACAAUGGGGGGCGGGGUUUGUUUCCCCCUUCAGUCAGAGCAAUAAAUACUGAGUUUUCCAGAUCUACUGACUCUGUACACGGUUGAAAGUGUAUCUAAAACAUGGAACCAUUAGAAAUGAGAUAUUUGUGUGUGUGUGUGGGGGGGGGGGAUCCAUGAAUUGGAGGUACCAUUUUGUUUUUUGUACAAAUUAUCAAAAGUGAUACAAACUAGAGCGUUGAGUGUUUUAUAAAAUGCCAUCUUUCUCAGCAUUUGUUUUGUAUUUAGUUUGACCUUGUUGUGUAUGUACCAUCUAAUUAUUUUACCUUCUUGGGAGGAUCCCCUUUUGUUCUGUGUGUAAAAAUGUAUAUGAGUUAAUGUCCCCAAAUGGUUUCCGUCCCACGAGUCCCGACUUUUUGUUGGUUUGAAGGUUAAGCAGGAUGUUUUCAGGAUGUUUUCACACCGUUACACAGCUACAUGUUCACGGAACCAACUGUAAUGCGAAGUUGUCAAUUGAGCCUUUGUUGAACGUAGCAAAAAAAGCAAUCAGGGCCUGAAAUAGUGUAUUUUAUUUAAUGUACAAAACUCUAGAUAAAUUAGCUAAGGCAAUUAGUGCUGCAGUUUUUAAAGUGUAGAAUGAGAUGUUGGCCCUCAACCUUGUAUGAGUUGCUUAGGGAAAGGGGACCUACCCACUAAAAUGUUAGGAUUUACAUUCAUGUUAAUGUUUUAAAAUGGAACCUGAAGUAUUUUCCAAACUUAAAUUUAAGGGAAUAGAUAUUUAAUAUUUUAUUGUAGUUAAAGGAUGCUCCUCUUGUUUCGCUGUGGAUAAAGGAUGCUCCUCCUGUUUCGCUGUGGGUAAAGGAUGCUCCUCUGGUUUCUCUGUGGGUAAAGGAUGCUCCUCUUGUUUCGCUGUGGGUAAAGGAGACUCCUCUUGUUUCGCUGUGGGUAAAGGAUGCUCCUCUGGUUUCGCUGUGGGUAAAGGAUGCUCCUCUGGUUUCGCUGUGGGUAAAGGAUGCUCUUGUUUCGCUGUGGGUAAAGGAGACUCCUCUUGUUUCGCUGUGGGUAAAGGAUGCUCUUGUUUCGCUGUGCCAUCGUGAUGCAAGCAAACAAACAAACAAACAAACAAGGUGCUCAUUUUUUAUUUGCUGUCAGGAUCUCAGACUUAAAAGAAUAAAGCGGCAUUUUAAAAUUCCUGUAUCAGUCAACUUUCCCCCCUCAUACCGUUUCUAGUUAUAAUACAGUGUAUUGUUGUUGUUAUUGUUGUUUGGCUAUUUUUAUUUUAUACAUUUCCACAUUAGGGUGCUAUGAUCAUUAAAUUGCACUAGGAAGCAGCAGUCCAAUCACAGACGAUCACAGUUUAUCCAGGAAGUUGUCCAGGGUAGGGAUGCCUUCUUUGAGGCCUUUGCGUUUGCGGGUGUCUGCCACUACUUGCCAUGGCCGACUGGUCUCGUCGAAGGGGUCCCCGGGCAGGAUCUGCCAGUGGUCGAACACACACUGGGGGAAGGCCUGGCCACCUGUGUUGGAUCUCAGGUCCGCUGUGAAACCUAACGACAUCGGGGGGGGAUAAAAAUUAAAAUAUUCAUAAACAACCAGAGGUCUGUGUUGUUUUGUCAUGCUUAUCUGUAGCUAGUUGGUUGACUCCUAUUUCCUAUGUUACGUUCCUAUCCUGACCGAAUACAAUGUUUUACUUGUUAAAGAGCUAAUCCUUUUCAUAAAGGCUGUGAUUGUACCAGUAUAGUGAUAUUUUUUCCAUGGAAAACUCUUUGGUCCUUUAAAAAAAAAAAAAUUAAAAACCUGCUGUAUGUAAAAUAUUUUGUGAUAGUUUGGAAAAUAAAUACAUGUGACUGUA